CUCUUUCGCCUCCCAGUGAUGAAAUAUGCGACAUCAGCCUAAAUAAAGUCUUUUUGUGAUAAACCAAAUUGAGUAUUUUUAAUGUCGCAUAUCACUGGCGACGAGCUAAAACGUAGUGAAUCUGAUCACGAAGUAAACAGUAGUGAAUCUGACCAAGAACAAUUUGAUCGUGAAAGUAGUGAAGUGGAUGUGAGUGUGCAGAUUAAGCCAAAAAUGUCUACACUCAUUGGCUCAAUUGAGGCUUACAUGCCCGGUGAAAAUUUUACACACUACCGGAAUCGCAUGAAUCAUCUGAUAUCUGGAAGCGGAAUUGAGGAUAGUCGCAAAUUAUCCAUUGCUAUCACCUUGAUGGGGCCCACCUGCUACUCAAAAUUGGUCUCAUUAUUGUCUCCAGAGAAACCCGAAGACAAAAGUUACGAUGAGGUGAUGACAAUUCUCGAGAAGCACUUCAAAGAGACAAACAACGUGAUUUCGGAUAGAUGCACAUUCAACAUGCGUUUUCGUCACGACGGUGAGAGCAUAGAAGAUUACAUCGUAGAACUCAAAAGUCUCUCACAGGAUUGCCAUUUCGGAUCAUUCUUAGAGGAAGCUCUAAGAGACAGAUUGGUCAGUGGAAUAAAUGACCAACAGAUUCAGUCAAAGCUAAUUCUUCAGACUGAACUGACUUGGGAGAGAGCGAAAGACAUCUGUAUUGCGGAAUUUCGUGCAAGACGGAAUAUUCAGUCUAUGGGAGGAUCUGCAAUACCAACACACGCGGUUGAGCAUGCUGAUGGGUCACGGAAAAAAUCAUCGACCACGAGGCAGCCACAUGGAAAAUCACGCCACAUGGACGGAAAGAAGCAACGAGACAAAUCCAAAGGCUUAACGGACCAGAGUGGACAACAAUGUAACCGGUGCGGAUUAAGUCAUAAAAAAGGAGAAUGCAAAGCAGCCAAUUCUACUUGUCGUGUGUGCGGGAAGAGAGGACAUUGGGCAUCUGUAUGCUGGAGCAGUGCAGGAACGAAGUAAACGACAAAGAGGUAACUUUCGAAGUGGACACUGGGGCUGUGGUAUCGGUGAUUGGUGAUGAUGUUUUCGGAGAAAUUUUUCCUGAUGCGCAACUGGAGCCCACUGAUUUGAAUCUUAUGCUUGCCAAUGGAGAUCCGGUUGAUCUUAAAGGAAGAUUCUUGGUGAGUGUUCGAUCUAAACAUCUCUUUUUGUACGUGAUCGUUGCUAAGAGAAGAUCUUUACCAUUGCUCGGUAGGGAAUGGCUGUACAGAUUGUUCCCCAAAUGGCAAGAGGGUAUAAUCGGUACUUUUGAUCCGAAUGGUGUGGCCAAAAUUGAUGAGAAUUUCAUAGAAGAAAUUAAAUCAACCUUUCCCCGCGUAACUGAUAAUGAGGAUAAAAAUCCAAUCGCGAAUUUUACAGCGAAAAUUCAUCUCAAAGAAGAUGCUAAACCAAUUUUUUUCAAAUCACGCGUGAUCCCUUUUCAUAUUC